CUCUCAACUAUGUCUGAGCCAACCUUUGAUAUCCCGAAGAUCCAGAAGGCGGCAGUCGUCGCAAAGGCUGGAAGCACCGUUCAAGUGAGGAACGAUCAACCUGUUAAAUCCCCUGCAGACCUUGCCCCGGGAGAAUGUCUCGUCAAGUUGCAUUUCACGGGUGUCUGCCACACCGACCUCCACGCCGCCUUGGGAGAUUGGCCCGUGAAGCCGAUGAUUCCGCUCAUUGGCGGACAUGAAGGCGUCGGGACGAUCGUAGCAAUUGGCAAGAAUACAUCUCAUAGUCCUGUCAAACUCGGACAACGCGUAGGUAUUAAGUGGGUCGCAGAUUCAUGUCUUAAUUGCGAACAGUGCAGGAAGGGACAUGAACAAAAUUGCUAUAAUGUGAAGUUGAGUGGGUACACCGUCGACGGAACAUUCUCACAAUACGUCGUAUCUUACGUCAAUUCCGUUACGCCCAUACCUGAUAAUCUCGAGAGCGCGGCAGCCGCAUCCAUUCUCUGCGCGGGGGUCACUGUUUAUCGUGCACUGAAAUAUAGCGAGACAAGCCCAGGCGAGUGGAUCGUUCUCCCUGGUGCUGGUGGUGGACUCGGGCACAUGGCUAUUCAAUACGCUAAAUACAUGGGACGCCGAGUCAUCGCGAUAGAUGGUGGGGAGGAGAAACGUAAAUUGUGUGAAGAACUCGGCGCAGAUGCCUGGAUCGACUACACUGUAUCCCAGGAUAUUGUCGCAGAUGUUAAGAAGAUAACCGACGGCCGCGGCGCGCAUGCAGCUGUCGUGACCACCGCUUCGAGCUCGGGAUAUGUCCAAGCCGUUGAUUACCUUCGCGAAAAUGGGCAUCUCAUGGCUGUUGGUCUGCCUGGAGACGCAAAACUUGACGCAUCGAUUUUCUUUACCGUGUUCAAGGGGAUCACCAUCCACGGUUCCUAUGUUGGUAACCGCCAAGAUGCGGUGGAAGCCAUCGACAUUGCUGCGUCUGGAGCUGUUAAAUGCCAUUAUCAGUUGAAAAAGCUUUCAGAUAUCGAGCAGGUGUACAACGACAUCACAAACGGAAAAGUUGCUGGUCGCAUUGUUCUUGAGGUGGUUUGAUGACUUGUAACAGGAGCUAAAUUUCGAAUCAUGUAAGCUAGGACUUUGAGUGGACUAUGUCAAUAUGUAAUAAUACGGAUGCAAAAUUGUUCGAAACU